AUGGUGGUAUCAUCCAAACGAAGAAAACUGGUAACGGGUGAAGAAGAAAACGAAGACAGAAUCAGCUACUUACCCGACGGUGUUUUGAACCAUAUCCUUUCAUUCCUCCCUACAAAAACCUCAGUUUCCACCGCUCGACUUUCUAGCCGGUGGCGCCACCUCUGGCAGCAUCUCUCCGUUCUUCACUUCUCCGAUGACUCCCAUGAGUAUGUCGACCAACCAGCGGAGCGUUUCAAGAGUUUCGCUCUUCUAGUUAACGGUGUCCUGGCUCUCCUACGUAAUCCCCGUGCCAUUCAGAAGAUGAGUCUCAGCUGUGUUCAUUCCUUCACGGACGAUAAGUUUCGUGAAUAUUCCGUAGAGACUUGGGUUCGUGCUGCCAUUGGACCCCACCUUCAUGAACUCGAGCUUACUCUCUUUUGCGACGAAGAUGCUCCCGACUUCAAGCUACCGCAAGCCCUCUUCUCAUGCCCUAAUCUAGUUUCACUCAGUCUCUCUGGUGCAGUUCAUGUAAGCAUCCAACACUCCACGGCUGUUAGUUUGCCAUCACUAAAGAUGUUGAUGAUCGACAUUGGUUAUGUUGAAGUAUCUUCUGUGAAUGCACUUCUUGAUGGCUGCUCAAGUAUAGAAAUUCUGGAUCUUGGCUUUUCAGCCCAAAGCUUGGAUAAAGUUUGUGUCCCGCCUUCCUUGAAAAGGUUGAAAAUCACCAUUGAGAAUGAUGUUGGAGCUUACUUGGAAGUAAAUGCGCCGGAUCUUCAAUACCUUAACAUUACCCAAAUCACAUUCGGCGAAGGUUUCAGCUUGUACAGCUUGCCCAACGUGGUGGAAGCGUAUCUUGAUGUCUUUCCCACGUCGCUUGGUUCCAUCGUACCUUUGCACAACCUCUUUGGCGCUCUCUCUGGGGCAAAACAUCUCAUGUUGAGUCGUUCAACAACCAAGGUUAAGGUUUUUCUUUAG